GAGCGUGAGGCUGCGUCUCCAGACGCACAUGCGCGCUGUCGUUGCUCGGGAGAUGGACGGCCGCCGUGUUUCGGGCUGGGUCUGGCGGCAGCGCCUGGCUGUCCGCGGAGCGCUGGAGGACGCAGGGUUUGGCACCGAAGCCCGAAAUCAGAACCAACCCAGAGGCUCCCACCAGCGGUCGGGGCUCCUCGGGGACCAGCCCUUCCCGGGGCUGCUGCCAAAGAACCUCAGUCGGGAGGAGUUGGUUGAUACGCUGCGGGCGGCCGUGGUGGACCGGAAAGGACCUCUAGUGACACUGAACAAGCCACAGGGUCUUCCAGUGACAGGAAAACCAGGAGAGCUGACAUUGCUCUCAGUGCUACCAGAGCUGAGCCAGUCCCUGGGACUUGGGGAGCGGGAGCUCCAGGUUGUCCGAGCAUCUGGGAAGGAGAGCUCUGGGCUUGUACUCCUCUCCAGCUGUCCCCAGACGACUAGUCGCCUCCAGAAGUUCUUCAUUCAUGCACGGAGAGCCCAGAGGCCCACAGCCACCUACUGUGCUGUCACUAAUGGGAUCCCAGCUACUUCUGAGGGGAAGAUCCAGACCGCCCUGAAACUGGAACACAUUGAUGGGGUCAAUCUUUCAGUUCCAGUGAAGACCCCAUCCCGAAAGGACAUCCUGGAAGGUGUCAAGAAGACUCUCAGCCACUUUCGUGUGUUGGCUACAGGCUCUGGCUGUGCCCUGGUCCAGCUGCAGCCGCUGACAGUGUUCUCCAGUCAACUGCAGGUGCACAUGGUACUACAGCUCUGCCCUGUGCUUGGGGACCACACGUACUCUGCCCGUGUGGGCACUGUCCUGGGCCAGCGAUUUCUGCUGCCAUCUGAGAGCACCAAGCGCAAAACACAGAGACCUGAAGCCCUCUCCAGGGUGCUCGGCCACAUGUCAGGCCCAUGGGAGGGCUGAAUGAGGAGUGGAUCAACUAACACACAGAUGAGAAGACAAGUGUCUAGGUACCUGGGACAGAAAAAUGGAUGAGUGGAUGGACUGGAGGACAGAUAGGUAGGGGAGAGGACAAUAGAAUAGGAGGUAGAGAGAUGGGUUGACGGACCUGUGGAAGGACAGGUAGGCAGGGAGUGGAUAGCUGGACCGGGAGUAUGAAGCUAAUGUCAGGUAGGUGAAUGAAGAGAUUAACAAAGGGUGACAGGUGAGAGGAUGGAAGGAUGAGUGGAAGGGUGGGUGGGUAAAUCGGUAGAUCAAAGAGUGGGUGAAUAAGUGGGUGGAUGGGUGAAUGGAUGGAUGGAUACAUCGGUGGGUGGAUGGAUGGAUGGGUAGAUGUGAAUCAUACACAGAUGUGUAGAUGAACAAGUAGGUGGGUGGAUGAAUAGACAGGUAGAUGGGCAGAUCAGUGGAAGGACGGAUGGGUGGAGGAUAAAUGGGUGGGAGAGUGGAGAUAACCACAGUACUUACCUGUGGCUUCUUCCUCUUCUGCCUGUAUAGGGUAUGACUUCCACUCAGACUUUACCACCAGCUUGAGAACGUUGCGGGCAGCUGUCAGCCAGAAGUCUUCUGCUCCCGGGGCAUGGGAUACCCUGCUCAGCCUCUAGGCUUGAGGCCUGUUCUGGUUCCGGAACCUGAUCAUGACUUGCCCCAUUUUGGAUCCGGAACCUGACUCUACCUUUUCUGACUCUAGAGCCUGAGUUUAGAACUUGCUCCUGUUUCAGUUGUGGAACCAAAUCCCAAAUCUUACCUGACUUGGCUCAUAUUCUACCUUCAGAAUCUGGCCUGGA